ACCGUACAACAGCUUGUCAAAUCUAAUCAUAACCCUAAUUCAAUCUACACUCGCUCAAAUUACACGAUGAAGUUUCUUGCCGCCGCCACGCUCUUCGGCUUUGCUGCCGCUGCCGUUGAGACCGUCACCAUCUCCCACUUCCUCUACGUUGGCGUCAAUGGCUACCCCCAAAUCUCCUUUAAACUCUCUGUUGAUGGAGUGAGCUGCGCAGCUGAUCACUACACCGUCGAUUCACUGGGCAACCCAUGCGAUAAGCCUGAGUGGACUUUCGACAUCCUUGAGGAACAAGGUCGCAAGAUUCGCUUGCAUCACACUGUUGACGGGGUCACUCACACUGGUGAUUUCGCUAUUGGCCUGAACGGUCCUAUCCCUACCGUACUCGAACAGAUUGGUACUUCCACCGCCGACCUGGACAGGAUCACAUCCUAGAAAGUUAUGAACUCUCCAUAUAGUAUUAUAAUGACAAUUCAUUAUCCUUAUACCACGC